CCCUAAGUGCUAGCGAUGGAGCUCCUACAUUCCUCGGCGCUGUGCGUAGCGCGCUUCCAUCGCUGCUCUGGCGGCAGGAGCCAGGAUUUUGGAUUCUUCCAGCAGCGGCAGCGAUCGCAGGUGAGGCAAUUUCCCUGGUUGGCUGCGAAUGCCGCGGCGCCAUCGCGUCCGGCGCCAGUGAAGCCGGAUUUCUUUGACAACGAUGACUCGGAGGAGGACGAGGAGGAUCAGAGGCAGCGGCGCAAGGCGGGGGAGCUGGAUUGGGCGACUAGAGCUCGGGAGCUUGCGAUUCAGGAUAUGAGCUUCCGGAACUUCACCGACGAGGAUUUCCAGGCCCUACUGCCCCCGCAUUUGCGAAUCUCCAAGAAGAAGGCCAAGAAGAAGAAGAAGACCAGGGCCAAGCAGGAAGGUGCGGAGGCUGCACUGCAGCUGGAGGAAUCGCGCAGCGCGAUUAAGACCAAAAAGAAGAAAGACAAGGACGAUGAUGCGAGCAGCCUCCAGGCUGCGAAUGACACCACUCCGGUCGAUCCAAAGAAGCUCAAAGCGCUGGCCAAGAGGUUUAACGCUCACAGGGAGCGCUACAUGAACAUCGAGCAAAGCUACAGCGACAGCGAAGGUGACGAGGGCGAAGAGGAGCUCACGACCGAGUUGACAGUGGUUUAUGGGGAGCGUCGAGAGGAAGGAGGUGGUGAAGAGUCGGAUGAUGGCGAGGAGCUUCCAGCGGCCUUGAAAGAUCCAAGGCUGCUGGAAAUUCGUCUCAACCAGGACUUGGUCGACUCGAGGGACGUGGAAGAAGUUUUGGAGACGAUCGAGAGAGUGAAAGGAAGGUUUCGAUUGAGCUCCAUCAACGUCGCCACUGCUCUUCACAGGAUCGCCAAGCAUAUGGUGACGCUGUCCAUGUCCGAGACGAGAAGGCUCAAGUACGCCAGGCAGUGUGAUGUGGCCGAGCUCGUUGCUUCGGCUAUGGAGCUUCUUCCGGAAUGCAACGCACAGGGCGUCUCCAAUAUUGCCUGGGCCAUCUCCAAGAUUGGAGGCCACCUUCUUUACCGGGGAGAGAUGGAGAUAAUCGCUCGAGCAGCACUGGCAAAGGUUGACGAGUUCAAUCCCCAGAACAUUGCCAACGUAGCCGGAGCGUUUGCUUCCAUGCAGCACAGCUCGCCCGCACUCUUUGAGAAGCUCAUGGACGCUGCGAGUAGAGUUCCCAAGGAGUUUCGAGCACAGGAACUGGCCCAGCUUCUUUGGUCUUUCGCGUGCAUGGCUCAGCCUCUGGAUUCUUUUCUGGACUCGUUGGACGCGGCUCUUCAGCAAGAACAAGGUUCUCUGGAGCUCGGUGAAGAACAGUUCCAGGAAGAAUCUUUCCCCGGGAAGCUAUCGAUCGAGCAGCUCUCGAGUAUCGCGUGGUCUUAUGCUGUUCUCGGCCAACUCCAGCGUCCAUUCUUCGCUCACGUUUGCAAGGAGAUACUCGCGUUUGAGCAGGACGCGUCCCUGGGACAGCACAAGCAUAUGUUGCAGCUGACACAGCUAUACCAGGUUGUUCUGGCCUUGAAGUGGGAAGGGAAUCAUUUGGAGCUGGCUCUUGGUGACAGGAUAGAGAAGCUGGCUGCAGGUGCCUGGGAAAAGGAGAGAAGCUCUCGCAAGUCCACCUCUUUCUUGCAAAAGGAUAUCGAGAGGUUCUUGGUGUGCACUGGAAGGCAGUGGAUCCCCGAGUACGUUGAUGCGGAUUACUCUCUGGAUUUUGCCAUGAAGGGCGGUAAAGUUGCGAUCGAGGUCAACGGGCCGAGCCAUUUUGCCCGGAACACAGGAGAUCUUCUGGGACACACUGUAUUGAAGCAUAGAUUGCUGGAGGCUGCUGGAUGGAAGAUUAUCUCUGCUUCCUAUGCUGAGUGGGAGAACUUACAAGGAGAGUCGGAGCACGUUGACUUCAUACAAAAGCUUGUGGCUCCUCACAUCCGUCAAAUAGAGCAAGCGAAUGAGCGAGCAGUGUGACCUCUUUCACCUACCAGUUUCGGGUCAAAACUUGUGAAUGAACGGUCGGCCGGCUUGUGGUAAGCUAUGGCGGAAGAAGAGAGAGAAGAGGAGCCACUCGGCUUGUCUGUGAUCGUAAAGAAAGGACGGUAACAUUGGUUGAA